UUUUUCGCUAUUCAAAAUGGCACCGUCUUAAUCAGGAAGUGGAGAAAACAACUAAGAAGAAUAAGUUGGAUAAAAUCCCUUAUCACUGUUACUUUGACGCGAGUCUUCGUUUAAAGUCGGCCCGUGUGCUCGGGGUUUGGAUUGAGAAGAAGAAACGUAUUCCCGGUCAUGGAAAGCAUUUGCCCUUGUUAGAAGUACUAUCUCGGACACAGCCAGCACGUGGGUGGCAGUCGAGGGGUACAUAUCCUAAGUCAGUUGGUGGUCAUGUGUGAAGCUGUGUUCUGAUGCCCACCCUCCCCUCAGCGCUGGCCAUGGACGGGGAGAACUACCUGCAUCCAGAAGGCCCUCAGCUGGACACCAGCUUGUUCUCUGUGGCCUCCUCUAACAUGGAGAGUUCAAUAUAUGCCUCCUCUGGUUCAUGGGGAUCCUACCCUCAGCAGGCUGGAUACAGCAUACACUGCCCUAUGCAAUCUGGAAACCAGCAAUACCACAGCACUACCACCACCACUCCGGUGGACAUGUACUCGGGAUUCCCUGACGUGGACUUUUCUGGCAUCAACCUCCCGAGGAAUGGAGACUUCCCCCAGGACCUGUCCUGCAUUGAUGACCUCUCCACAAACUCUCUGUUCUCCUCUCCGGCUGACUCACUGUCGGAGUAUGCUGAUGCCCAGCCCUUCAUCAGCCCAGACAACCUGAACACAGUGCCCACCCUCUGGGAUGUCAACACUAGUACCACCACCACCACACCAGCACAGAGCCAGCUAGAGCUGAAUGGCACCAGCAGGUUUCAUGGCUUGGCCAGUUUGGAUGAUAUAACUGCUAUUAUCAGCACCCCACCUUUAGGAGGAUACCAGCCUCAGAGAACCCAGUCACCCCCAGAGGAGGAAGAGGAUGCUGAGGAAGAAGAGACGGAGGAACUGGGACAUGUAGACACAUAUGCGGAGUACAGACCUUCCAAAUCCACUAUAGGAAUUUCCCAUCCUGACAUAGUGGUGGAGACCAACACGCUAUCCAGUGUCCCACCUCCUGACAUCACAUAUACUUUGUCUAUCCCUGAUUCAACUAUUAACUCUGGCCUGCUGUCUGCGCUGCAGCUAGAGGCCAUCAUCUACGCCUGCCAGCAACACGAGGUUAUCCUUCAGAACCACCAGAGAGCAGGCUUCCUGAUCGGAGAUGGGGCAGGGGUCGGAAAGGGACGCACUGUGGCAGGAAUCAUCCUGGAGAACUACCUUAAGGGAAGGAAAAAAGCACUAUGGUUCAGCAUAUCCAAUGACCUGAAAUUUGAUGCAGAGAGAGAUCUCAAAGACAUAGAUGCAGCGAAUAUUCCUGUGCAUGCCUUAAACAAGAUUAAGUAUGGAGACACAGCUACCUCAGAAGGAGUCCUGUUCGCAACUUACUCUGCUCUGAUUGGAGAGAGCCAGGCAGGAGGGCAGCACCGGACCAGAAUUAAACAGAUCUUAGAUUGGUGCAAGCCAGACUUUGAUGGAGUUAUUAUUUUUGACGAAUGCCACAAAGCCAAGAAUGCCACAUCUACAAAGAUGGGCAAGGCAGUGCUUGACCUGCAAAACAAGCUGCCACGGGCCAGAGUGGUGUAUGCCAGUGCCACAGGUGCCUCUGAGCCAAAGAACAUGAUCUAUAUGAGCCGCCUGGGAAUCUGGGGUGAGGGCACGCCCUUCAGAGCCUUUGAUGACUUCCUGCACGCCAUCGAGAAGAGAGGUGUCGGUGCCAUGGAGAUUGUUGCCAUGGACAUGAAAGUGAGUGGGAUGUACAUCGCGAGGCAGCUGAGCUUCUCAGGGGUGUCUUUCCGCAUUGAAGAGAUCCCACUUGACAAUGACUUCAAACUGGUCUAUAACAAAGCUGCCAAACUGUGGGCGGAGGCGUUGCAGGUGUUCAUGCGUGCAGCUGAUGACCUGGGUCUGGUCAGCAGGAAGUCUCUGUGGGGGCAGUUCUGGUCCUCUCACCAGCGCUUCUUCAAAUACCUCUGUAUCGCUGCCAAGGUCCGCUGCCUGGUGGAGCUGGCCCAGAAAGAGCUGCAGGCUGGGAAGUGCAUCGUUAUCGGGCUGCAGUCUACAGGAGAGUCCCGCACCAGAGAAGUCCUGGAUGAGAAUGACGGGCAUCUCGACAGAUUUGUAUCGGCAGCAGAGGGAGUAUUCCAGUCAUUGGUAUCAAAACAUUUCCCUUCAGAGAAACAGAGGAGAGAGAAGGCACCAGGGAAUAAAAGAAAACGAAAGCCUAGAGGUCGGCAGCACAAGGUACCCAAGCACACUGUGGACAGCGGCGGUGUGAUCAACAUCAGCGAUGACAGCAGCAGUGACUCCGAUGGCAUGGACACGGACUCAAACUCCUCACCAGACUCCCUGCUAGACAACGAUGAUGUCAUCUUUGUUAACCACACUAGCUGCCAGACAGCCAGGAUAGAGGAAAUGAAGCAGGGCCUCCUCAAUAAAAUAUCCGUGCUGGGAAAAGAACUACCUCUCAAUACCUUGGACGAGCUUAUUGAUAAGUUUGGAGGACCAGAUAAAGUCUCAGAGAUGACUGGCCGUAAAGGGCGUGUGGUGCGGCGCCCUGAUGGCAGCGUCCGUUAUGAGUCGAGGGCUGAGCAGGGUCUUACCAUCGACCACAUCAACAUCAAAGAGAAAGAUCGCUUCAUGAGUGCAGAGAAGUUGGUGGCCAUUAUCUCAGAGGCAGCCAGCUCUGGGAUUUCCCUGCAGGCGGACAAGCGAGUGAAAAACCAGAAGCGCAGGGUCCACAUGACCUUGGAGCUGCCUUGGAGUGCAGACAGGGCCAUUCAGCAAUUUGGUCGAACCCAUCGGUCCAAUCAGGUGACAGCCCCAGAGUACAUCUUUCUCAUCUCGGAGUUGGCUGGCGAGAGACGUUUUGCCUCCAUCGUGGCUAAGAGACUAGAGAGCCUGGGUGCAUUAACUCAUGGAGACAGAAGAGCCACAGAAUCCAGGGACCUGAGCAAGUACAAUUUUGAGAACAAGUAUGGUACCAAGGCUCUGGAUAAAAUAACCAAAGCAAUCCUUGGCCACAUAGAGAACAAAGUGCCCCCUCCCAAAGAUUACCCCGGGGGUGACGCCAUGUUCUUCAGAGACAUGAAACUUGGAAUGAUGGAUGUGGGUAUCUUUUGUAGAGAGUCUCGCUUUGGGAUCAAUACUGAGAAAGACUGCAGCAUCACCAAGUUCUUAAAUCGCAUCCUUGGCCUGGAGGUCCACAAGCAGAACUCUCUCUUCCAAUACUUCACGGAAAACUUUGACUACCUAAUCGAGAAGGAUAAGAAGGAGGGCAAAUAUGACAUGGGAAUCCUAGACCUUGCCCCGGGGAACGAUGAGAUCUAUGAGGAGAAGCAGGAAACUUUCUUGACAGUUGGAAACCCUCAGGAUGGUCAGGUUGUCCUCUAUAAGAUCAGUGUGGACAGAGGCAUGCCCUGGGACGAGGCCUUCGGCAGGUCACUGAAGCACAGCAGUCCUGAAGAGGGAUUCUACCUGUCCCUGAAGCUGCGAGGUAACCACCCAUGUGUGCUGCUAGCUGAGCAAGGAAGAGGCAAGAACCUCACUGUCUACAAGCCUAAUAUUGGCAAGCAGACCCACCCAGAGAGCUUGGACAACCUGCAGCAGCGCUACCGGAAGGUGACUCCAGAGGAAGCCAGGGAACACUGGGAGAACCAGUUCACCUUCUCCUUCAAGAAGUGUAGCCAUGCCAACUGGAAUGGAAAGUGUAAGAAAAUAGAGCAAGGUGAGGAGUGUCUGCAGGGCAUGCGCCUCCGUCAGUACCACAUGUUGUGUGGCGCUCUGCUGCGUGUGUGGAAGCGCGUAUCGGACUUGGUGUCUGAAAUCACCGGCUCCAGCAUCCUGCAGAUCGUCCGCCUUAAAACCAAACAGCAUAACAAGCAAGUUGGUAUCAAGAUCCCAGAGAACUGCGUGGCCCGUGUGCGUGAGGUGCUGUUGCAAAUGGACGAGGAGGUGAAGACGAGACGAAAGGAGCGGGAGCAGCAGGCCGUGGAGCAGCGGCUGACUGAGGAGCGCAUGCGUAAGAUGGAGCAGGAGAACAAACACCUCCUGGCAAAUCUGUUCAACCAGAAACCCAUGCUCAACCAGUCCCUGGCUCAGUCUCUGGCCCAGAGUCAGAUCCUCAAACAGAAACUGAACCAAAACGCUCUGCAAAGGACACAAACUGGGAGCAUGUCUCAGCUGCAGAGACUGCAAGCCCAAACCCAGUCCCAGUCUUUACAGCAGCCCUCCCAGAACUUAGCCCUGUUGCCCUUACAGAGAAACCCCAGCCAAACGCAGCAACGGACCCAUAACAGCUGGUCCAACAAUUCCACCACCACCAACCAGGGCGCCGUCCCCAACACGGUUAGCAUCCGCUCCAAUUUCUCCCAGUUUUACCCGCAGUCCUUUGUGUCCCCUUAUCAGCAGCUGAAGAGCCCGUCACUUCCACUCCAUCAGACCACACUGUCUCCCAACUUGUCUUCCAAGAAUCCCCUGGAUGAGAUCUUGGACCUGACAGUGAGCUCACCAUCGCCCUCCCCUGACAGCACGGAGGCUGCGUUGAAUCUGGAGAGCCUGGCUGGACACUCUGCAGCGUUCGGGGACGACUUUAAUCUAGAGUCUCUGAUUUCUCAGAGUGUGUCGAGCGCCCAAAUACAGCAGCCUCUUUUGCUACAACAGCAGCAGCAGCAUUUGCAGGCGACACAGCAGCAGAGCCAAACCCUGCUGGCCAAUAACCACCAGGACUUAUUAGAUUUACUUGACUUACCCCUGUCCCCCCAGAUGCCCACACAGAAAGCCAGCCCUUCCUCCUCUACCUCCUCCUGCUCUUCCUCCACGUCCUCCACCUCAAACAACCUGGUUUCCCACGGCGUCCCUGCCGUCCUCCUCCCCGGCUCCUCCCUCAUCCCAUCAUCGUCCCCCUCCUCUCUCUUCUCCAGCCCGUCCUCGUCUGCCUCUCUCUUUUCCAACUCCUCCCCUCGCUUCUCCUCCAACUAUCUCCUCCCUCAGUCGGACUCGCUCCCCUUACCCAACGGCCACUCUGCCACUCUUGACGUUCGCGAGGCUCUGAACAGCAUGCUACAGGGUCCAGACCGCAAGUCUGUCAUUAAGUACCGACCACAAGACUAAGAGCUGCAACAGCAACGGCUCGUCUGGACUUCUUUUAUUUUUUUUAUUAUGUCUUUUAAAGCAGAUUGUGUCUUGUUUGCUGCUGUCUACGAUCGCACCCUCGGACCUACUCCCUCUCCCCUCAGGGCCUAUAGUCACGUCACUGCCUGUCCCGCACUCAGCUCACCCUUUCUCUUCAUCCACCUGUAGCGUUCACCAGCUCGAGGCGAUAGCGGGCUCCAUCAAUAUCAGAUUUCUGCACCAAAGUGUGUCCUCCACAGUGAAAGGCAGCUGUAACAAAACAAAAGUGAAAAAAAAAACAUGUGACAAGAGUAUUUUAUUGAACACACGAGCUGUCAAAACAAAAGCUCACUCAUUGAGGUGUGGAAAUCGUUUAACGAACCUCCGGCUGCUGAUUUUACGAGGUAUGAUUGGUGAAGUUGCUGGAAGCUCUAAAUGCCUUUCACCAGUUAAAACCACAUCUUUAUUAGACUUUGCUUUACUGUUACUUCGCUUCAUGGCCGUUUGUCUUGACUAAAACAAGGCUGUAUGCAAGGCUUGGUUUGAGUGAAACUAAACAUAGCGCUGAACUGGAAGAUGGAGAAAAAAAAACAGAUGAAAUCUUUUAGCUGAUAAGCCAUGAAAUGCCUCAGUUUUCUUUUUUUUUCUCUUCUACAUGCUCCCUCUUGUUUCCCUCCCUGCUUUUAUGAACACUAGUGUGAAGAAAAAAGGGAGAGGAAGAGCAGUCUGCUGUUGCAAACAGUGCCUUUGGAGAAAUCUAUAAAUGCAGUCUUUAAAAAUCCAUGUAGCCUAAUGUAUAGAUUUGUACUCUUGAGCAUUGGUUUUCAUUUUAAUUUAAACAUGGUAUAUAUUUGUAUUUAACUUUUAGCCCCCUCAGUCCGUCAGUCAGUCGUUGUUUGUGUUACACUAUGCUGGUGGUGGUUUCAGGAAGAAGCCUCCAUUAAGCCUGUAUGUGCUCGUAUGAUUGUCUGUGGAGCUGCUCUUAAACAAGAGCAGCGGACUUGUCAUUUUUUUCUGUGUCCCUUUUGUCCCUGUUGAUGCACCGAUGUGUUUUGGGGGUCAGUACGGCAUGGAUUAUUGAGCAGCAUGGAUACAAAUUAAGUCAAAAAAAUUUGAUCACCCUUUUUUUAUUUUUUUAUUUUGACGAUAACAUUUAGUGACUCCUGGUUUGAUCUGAUUUUGAAUUUCUCAGGAAAGUCUCGAGUGCUUUGUUGUUGUUGUUUUUCUGUGUCAUUUUGACCAACCAACGAAAAUGAAAUUUCAGUUCAGUAGAUGACAAAGGAUUUCAAGGUUUUAUUGUCUUGGGGUCUGAAUAGAAAAUCCUCUUAACUUCACUUUGAUAACAGCAGCAAGUGUGAGAUCAAUUUCUCAUUAAAUGUGUUUCCAUUUCAGGCAUCAACAUGUGAAACGUGCAGACUUGUGAUGUUCACUGUGUGUGAUAUUUAAAAACCUGUGAGAUCUGGCCAUCUUUGUGUGAAAACGAUGCACUGUAGUUGACAAAACGCCGGGAUACGUUCAAGUGAUCAAAAAGCAAUAAAACCAUAUUCUACAUUUGUUGUGAAACAGAAUGCCUAAGUACUGUUUACGCUCAACAGGCAAAGCUUUGUGGUUACCUUUGCAUGGUAUGAAUCUUCUCGUUUCUGUUAUGCUUCAUAGUAUUUUAGUUAAACAGAUUCUGAAAUGCAUAAAACCUUUUGUAUAGUAAGUUUUCACGGGAUGAACGCAAUGCGUUCUUGAUGUUUUAGUCAUCGUUAUUAUAAAAGUUAUUGUUAUUUAUAUUUAAGGGAUAUUUAGAUUUUAGAUAUGUUAUCCUGCUUAUUAGAAUAGUUAACGAAAAUGUUUGGUCAGGGAAGUUUCUAGUUUUCAAGAUUACUAUAAAACAAAUUAUAUUAUAACCUGCCACCAAAUAAGAUUGCACUGUUCUGUACUGCUGUACAGUGUCUGGAUUUAUUUCUGCUCAUUUCAGUUUUGCUUUUCUCAAUUGUUUCUCCAACUCGUAGACCUUUUUGUCAGGCCUUCAGUUUGCAGAGAGAUACCAAAGUAUUCCACAGACAGACACCCCUAAAGUUACUUAAAGAUAUCAGACCUUUUUAUCAAUCUCAGGAAGAAACCUACAAGAGGUGUAACGGUCGGGGCGUUAGCAGAAAUCUAUCAUUUCCCCUUCUAACAGUGGUGAAACUAACCAGUACAUGUGCUAUUUUGUUCUUAACUCUGUGCUGUGACUCUUGCUGUAUUUAUGUUUUAGACUUAAUGUGAUGGGUUUGUUGUUUGUCCUUGUGAACAUGUCAGUGAUUCUAAAUGUUUAUGCCUUCUUAGGGCAAAGAUCAAAGGCUUUUUCUUUUAAAGGAACAUUAUUUUUUCUGUGGACAUUUAUAUUUUUCAUUUGUGUUGGACAUUUAAUUCAUGUUAAAGCUGACAGAUUUUCGAGUCGAUUGGCACCAGGGUUAUACUGAUAUGUGCAAUUGAUCUGUCCAAGCCUUCGCCGCGCCCUCUGAGCAGCACAUGUUCCAGUUUAGACUCACAGUUUCUUGUCAAGGCUUCUUCUUUUUUUUCUUAUCUUAGCAUGUUUUCCUGGUACCCUGGUUAUUUUGCUUUUAAUAUUCCUCAUCAGGCACAUUCCGAGACAUCAGUCUGCAAAAUCUUUGCUUUCAAUUUGUGUUUUAUAGUAACACAAAGAAAGCUUUAUGCAUUUGAGGGAUAUGGACCGCAUUUUUAGGAAGAAAAAACUUUUUUAAAGAUUGGUAGUGAUAGCGUAGUAAGGCCUUUUAUCGUUUUAUUAUCAUUUUUGCACUAAGAAUGGCAUAAUCAAGUUACUGUUCUCUUGUUGGUUAUGAUUGAGCUUGUUGUUUUUCUGAUCUUUGAUGGAUAGCUCUGUGUAUACUGUAACCAUCUUUCUUGUUUCUCCACCGUUUGCAUAUUACAUACAUGUUAUCACUCUCAAAAAUAAUUUAUUGCUAACAAAAAAUGAAACAAAAAACAUGCUACUGAUUGUAUGUAUUUUUAAACAAAGCCUAUUUUUUCUGUAAAAAAAAAGAAGAAAAAAAAGAAACCGUGUUCAGCACUUUUAUUCUGGGUUGUGCUUUUGUUUUCUAUAUAUUUAUAAUUUAGAUCCAAAUGUAUAUAUUGUAAAAUUUGUGCCUUUCGACUAAUUCUUUAAAAAGGUUUUCUACUCAUUAAAGGAAGGACUAUAUGAAAUUGCAAUCUUAACUUUGUAAACAAAUAAAAACUUGAAGAUUGCUGAAA